AGCCCCGGAAGCAGCAGAUGAUGGAGAUGUGGUGUGGGAAGGAGGUGAGGAUGACAGCCAUGCACAUCUAAAUCGGUGUGUGUUCAUUUGAUUGCUCUUUGGGUUCUGCUUUGCUCCAGGGGAUGUGUCUGCCCAGUGUGUGUGUGUGUGUUUAUGUGAAGGUCAUACAGAGCAGGGCUCUCCUGAGCAUCAGUCAUGAAUAAACCACUAAUGAAAGAGAUGCACACUUUUGGGGAGCAGAAGGAGAACCAGUCGAGUCCCAGCAAGAAACCUACACCGCGAGACACUGAACAGACGCGAUGGCGCGAGCGUUUGCUGCAGUGAUGCCGCCGAGGAAUAAACCUGUAUUCAACAGUGGAUCAGCAAACACAAUAACAAGGCAGCUUACAGAAGACGACAAUGAUCCGCGAUAAAACCGCAGCGCAGAAUUUGCCAAAGCCUCAGAAUGCCAUCACCAUCGCCGUGUCCUCCCGUGCUCUCUUCAAUAUGGAUCGAGAGCAGGACAUUUAUGAGCAGCAGGGAAUGGAGGAUUACCUGAAAUAUCAGAUCCAACAUGAGAUCGAGCCAUUCGCACCUGGACCUGCAUUCCCCUUCAUUAAGGCAGUGGAGGCAGUGAACACUCGACUCAGGGAGCUUUAUCCAGACAGUGAAGAGCUCUUUGAUGUGGUUCUGAUGACCAGCAAUCAUGCUCAUGUGGGACUUCGGCUCAUAAAUUCAAUCAACCAUUACCAGCUAUUUAUAGAGCGCUUUUGUAUGACUGGAGGCAACAGUCUUAUUGGGUAUCUGAAAGCCUACCAUGCCAACCUUUAUCUGUCAGCUGAUUCACUGAAAGUAAGAGAAGCCAUUGAAGAAGGAAUUGCAGCAGCAACAGUAUUCUCACCUGGAAAAAUCACAGAGGUGCAGGAGACUCAGCUGCGAGUGGCCUUUGAUGGAGAUGCCGUUCUCUUUUCAGAUGAGUCGGAGAGAAUCUACAAAGCCCACGGACUGGCCAAGUUCUUUGAGCAUGAGAAAGCCCAUGAAAAUAAACCUCUUGAUCAUGGACCACUUAAGGGGUUCUUGGAAGCUCUAGGGAAGCUGCAACAGAAAUUCUAUGCCAAAGGUCAGCGCCUGGAUUGUCCCAUCCGCACCUAUUUGGUUACAGCUCGCAGUGCAGCCAGUUCAGGCACCCGGGCCCUCAAGACGUUACGUUCCUGGGGUCUAGAGAUAGAUGAGGCCCUCUUCCUAGCAGGAGCCCCUAAAGGCCCCAUGCUGGAAAAGAUCAGACCUCACAUCUUCUUCGAUGAUCAGAUGUUCCACGUAGAGGGAGCAGCAGAACUUGGGACUGUGGCGGCUCAUGUUCCCUAUGGAAUUGCCCAGAAGUUUCAAUCAAAGACGGCAAGGGAUGUAAAAAAAGAAAUGCCAGCCAAGCAGCUAGAGUGAAUACUGCUCUCUUCAUCCUGGGUGUGACGAUUUUAAAUAAGGUUUUAAAGGGAUGCUUCACCCCAAAAUUAAAAAUCUCUCAUCAUUUACUCACCCUCAAGUUGUUCCAAACCUGUGUGAGUUUAUUUCUUCUGUUCAGCCCAGAAGAAGAUAUUCAGAAGAAUGUUAGUAACCAAACAGCUGAUGGUAGCCAUGGACUUUCAUAGUAUGGAAAAAAAAGUGCUAUGGAAAUUUAUGGAAGAAAUUUUUGAGUUUCUUUGUAAUUGGUUACUUUCCAAAAGUAAGUAAAUAAAUAAAUAAUAGUGCUGUCAAUCGAUUAAUCGCGAUUAAUCGCUUCCAAAAUAAAAGUUUUUGUUUACAUAAUAUAUGUGUACACUGUGUAUAUUUAUUAUGUAUAUGUAAAUACAAACACAUGCAUGUAUAUAUUUAAGAAAAAUAUGUUAUGUUUAUAUAUUAAAUAUAUUUAUAUAUAAUAUGUGACCCUGGACCACAAAACCAGUCUUAAGUGUCAAUUUUUCUAAAUUGAGAUUUAUACAUCAUCUGAAAGCUGAAUAAAUAAUCUUUCCAUUGAUGUAUGGUUUGUUAGGAUCGGACAAUAUUUGGCCGAGAUACAACUAUUUGAAAAUCUGGAAUCUGAGGGUGCAAAAAAAUCUAAAUAUUGAGAAAAUCGCCUUUAAAGUUGUCCAAAUUAAGUUCUUAGCAAUGCAUAUUACUAAUCAAAAAUGAAGUUUUGAUAUAUUUUUGGUAAGAAAUUUACAAAAUAUCUUUACUUAAUAUCCUAAUGAUUUUUGGCAUGAAAUAAAAAUGGAUCAUUUUGAUCAAUACAAUGUAUUUUUGGCUAUUGCUAUAAAUAUACCCCAGCGACUUAAGACUGGUUUUGUGGUCCAGGGUCACAUAUAAGAAUAUAAAUAUAUAAAUGUAUAUGCAUGUAAAUAUUUUCAAAAUAUAUACUGUAUGUGUGUGUAUUUAUAUAUACAUAAUAAAUAUACACAGUCCACAUACAUAUAUUAUGAAAACACAAUUUUUAUUUUGGAUUUUAAUCGCGAUUACUCAUUUGACAGCACUAAAAGUUUUAAAAUAGCUACUCAGUGAGUUUUGCUUUUCCAGCUUCCAAAAAUAGGCCAGUUUGUCAGUGGAAGGCCCUUUGCACUGAACAUCACAGCUUUGAAGUUGUUUACUACGUUAUAUCAAGCCAUAAAUAAACAGAGAAGGAAAACUGGGCAAUAAGUGAUAUUAUACUGUUGAGUUAAAUUGUUACAUUUUUUGUUCUAAUAUAAUAGCAAAUGUUAUUUAUUUUAUUAUGCCAGAGUCCAGCUAAAGCUAAAAUGCACCAAAUGCAUGUUUAAUAUCAUAAAUAUCACCUUUAGCCAUGCAUAUUUUCAGCUUUUAUAUUGUUAUGGUCUAGUUUUGAAUCACAGUCUCAGUUAUUGUUUACCAUAAAGGGCUGUUUUACACUCUGUAUUGAAACCUUUAUGCGUGUAUAUCUGUUAUAAAGUGUUUAAAUCCAUCAGUGUUACUAUGUAUAAAUUUGGUUUAUGCGUUUGUGAAAUCCUGUGUGUUACUCAGGGCAUGCUCAAGUCAGUGUUUUGCACUACAUACCAUAAUAAACAGUGAAGAAGAAAUAAAUGUUGAAAA